AUGUCUCGCAACGGUUCUGAUGUCUACCUGUCUUAUUCGGCCGGGAAGAACGGCCAACCUGCCGAAAACGGUUCACGUACUCGUAAACCGAAUACCUCUUUGGAUCAAGAAGGAAUCUCUCUUGAACGCAUCCGUGAACUCAGAAAGCGGAGAGGAGGAGUGUUGUCUUCGUUAACGUCCAAGCGUCGAGAGAUCGAUAGUCUUUUAACGGAUGAAAAUAAUUUGGAGACGGUGAAAGUAAAGUUGUCGGAAAUCACGUUGCUAUUUCGAAGAUUUACCGAGGCUCAUGACGCGUAUAAUGUAGCUCUGGUUGAGGAAAGUCAGAGACAAGAAUCAGACCUCUAUUUCGCCGACAUUGAAAGCAGUUUAGAUUUUUUCUGCCGUACGGUCAAUGAUUGGUUACGUGUCACGGAAGCCAGGCUUCAAGAUAACCUGAUAACGCCUGACGACAGCGCUUCUCAAAUUGGGUCCGAGGUUCGUAGCAAGUCUAGACCAUCCAUGUGUGGAUCGAGAACGAGUCACUUUUCUAAAACGAGCUCCAUAUCUGCUGCAAGAGCCAAAGAGGCAGCUCGCAUCGCGGAACUUCGAGCGGAGGCACACGCUUUGAAACACCGCCAUUCGCUUCAGGAAUCGGAGCUACGCCUCAAGAGGCAAGAGUACGACCUGCAGUUGAAGAAAGAUGAAUUAAACCUCAAAACUGAGUACGCUAAAGCGGUGGCUAGAGAAGAAGCUUACGCUCAAGCUGAAGCGGGUAAUUUCGCGCCUAGCAACGUGGCCUCUAGGAAUCCUCGUUGUCCCGUUUCAGUCGUAUCCUCCAUCACUGAAAAGUCAAGGACUGGUGGUUCAAAACGUGAGUCAUUUGUACCUGCCGAUAAGAAAGAGAAAUUGUCUGUGAAGUCAAGUAACCCGGUUAAAGAUCAUAAGGGUGUUGUGAGUGAUUCAAGUUCAAGCUCUGGCAACUCAGGUCUGAGCGACCAGGCCUAUGGCAUUCUCGUCCAGCAGAACCGAGUAAUGGAAGAGUUCGUGAAACAGCAGCAAAGGAACUUGUUGCCCAGGAGACGUGUACCUGUGUUCAGUGGAGACCCUUUACAUUACUGUGCUUUCAUUCGCGCGUUCGAGACCGUAAUCGAAACUAGAGAACUAGAUUACGCUGGGAGACUCUAUUACCUCGAACAGCACACAGCUGGCAGAGCUCAAGAGUUGGUACAAAGUUGCCUCUACAUGAAAGCCGAAGAUGGGUACGUAAAGGCAAAGAAACUCUUAGAGAGCAAAUUUGGACAGAAGCACAAAAUCGCUAUGGCAUAUGUGGAUAAAGUCACUAAUGGUCCAGUCAUCAAAGCUGAAGAUGCAGACGCCCUAGAAGGCUUUGCCGUUUUGCUCUCUAGCUGUACAAACACUCUUAAGGCUAUCGGCUAUUCCAGCAAGUUCGAAAGUCCGGAUAGCAUGCGGAAGAUUAUUGAGAGGCUUCCCCCGAAGUUGCAAGCCAGUUGGCGGGACAACGCUGAUCGGAUCCUCAACUCGGAAGCGAGAGAUGUCUGCAUUGAUGAUAUUUCACUCUUCGUUGAACAGAAAGCUCGCACCUUGUCCAAUCCAGUUUUUGGCAAGCUUCCUUGUUUGGAAAAGGAGAAGAAGAACAGCAAGGAUAGGGGUUCGAGAUCGAAGUCUGAGAGACCCGGUGGAAAACAGCUAAGCCUCGUCACGAUUUCCGAGACGAAAUCUGCUCUCAAUUCAUCUGCUGAUGUGUCGAGUGCAGUUCAUUCUUCUAAGAAGAACUGUCUGUUUUGUAAUGCAGAUCACAAUCUCACCGAAUGUUCCAGUUUCGCCAAAGUACCUCCUACAGAUCGUCAGGAGUUUGUCAUGAAGCAGAGGCUAUGCUUUUCGUGCUUAGGUGGAGGCCAUCAAUCUAGAAGUUGUCACAAAAGGAAGCCCUGUAUUCACUGUAAUAAGAGACACGCUACUGUAAUGCAUGUAGGUGCACCAGAAGCUAUUGUUGCGUCCGACCGUGGUAAGGAUGGACCUCAGAGCGAGAACAACCAGUCCAGUACUGAGAAGAUCAGAGCUGAUCACUUUUGUGGCCUAACCACAAUGGAGGGUUCCGUGACUGCAUUGCCCAUUGUUGCUGUGAAGGUCGAAGUCAAAGGAAGUCCUCGGUCCGUGGAGACCUAUGCGUUGCUGGAUAAUGGAUCUAACACCACCUUUUGCUCGGCUAAUCUGUUGAGACGUCUGAGAGUCUGCGGCAAGGAAAUGAGACUCAAGCUAACCACCAUGGAUAGCUGCAACGAUGUGGACAGUCUCGUUGUUACGAACCUGGAAGUGGCUGAUCUAGACGAGAACGUUGUCUUUUCCUUGCCAGAAGUUCUUUCCCGACCUUCUAUGCCUGUAGUGAAAGAUGAGAUCCCGAAACAAGAGGAUGUGGAUCGAUGGCCGCACCUUCAAGGCUAUGUAUACCUAGCAGAAUUGAAUUCCGAGGUGGAUCUAUUGAUUGGUGCAAACGUACCUGAAGCCCUACAACCGAGAGAAGUUGUCCCUGCCUCUGAUGGGGGUCCAUAUGCAACUAGAGUUGAUCUUGGCUGGGUUAUCAAUGGCCCAACUGGAAGAAAGCAAAAGUUUGUCCCAUCUUCUAGUUUCUUCGUUAACUGUAAGGAGACUCAUCCUAUGUGUAUAGCAUGUGCUGAUUUUGCAGAUGCCACUCUUUCCGAUGGUUUAAGCAUGUCAAGGGAUGACUUAAAGUUCAUGAACAUUGUAGAGGAUUCAGUUAUGCAGUGUGAAGAUGGUCAUUAUCAGGUUUCUCUACCGUUAAGGGACCUCAACUUGCAGAUGCCAGCAAACCGGAGUCAAGCAGAACGCCGUGCUCUCUAUCUUAAACGUAAAUUCUCCAAAGAUGUGAAGUUUCGCGAGGACUAUGUUGCUUGUCUUGAGAAGGUGAUCGGUGACGGUUUUGCAGAAAAGGUUCCCCUGGAUGUCCUGGAGAGAUCAGAUGGUAAGGUGUGGUUUAUCCCGCACCACGGCGUUUAUCAUCAUAAGAAACCGGAUAAAAUACGUGUCGUUUUCGAUUGCUCGGCCCAUUCUCAAGGAACUUCCCUGAAUGAUGAGCUGUUUCAAGGUCCUGACUUAACCAAUAAUCUGGUUGGCGUGCUGAUCCGUUUCCGGCAGGAGCCAGUCGCAGUCAUGGGUGACGUUCAAUCUAUGUUCCAUCAGGUGCGUGUCCCAGAAGAAGAUAGAGACCUCCUACGGUUCCUUUGGUGGCCCCGUGGUGACUUCUCCAAGGAAUUAGAAGAGUAUCGGAUGACCGUACAUCUGUUCGGUGCGGUUUCGUCUCCCAGUUGUGCUAACUUUGCCAUGCGACGGAAUGCCGAAGAUCAUAGGCACGAGUUUUCCCCUGACGUGGUUAGUACUGUCUUGAAGAAUUUCUACGUUGACGACUGCCUGAAGUCCUUACCUUCAGCGACUGUUGCAAUAAAGCAUGUGGAAGAACUUCGUCGGCUAAUGCUGAGGGGAGGUUUCAAUUUGACUAAAUGGAUCAGCAAUGACCGCGAAGUCUUGGAAUCCAUUCCUGUAGAAGCUAGAGCAAAGGAUGUUAAAGAUCUGGAUCUUGAUAACGACGCGCUUCCUGCAGAGAGAGCCCUAGGUGUAUCCUGGUUUGUCGAGACAGAUUCAUUUGGUUUCAAAGUGAACAUUAAGGAGAAACCUUGUACCAGGCGUGGUAUCCUUUCCGUGGUGAGUUCAGUUUACGAUCCUCUCGGUAUGGCAGCGCCUUUCAUCCUUCCGGCAAAACUGCUCCUUCAGGAUCUGUGCAGAAAGAGUUUGGGUUGGGAUGAUGAGAUUCCCAGCGACUACCUAUCUCGUUGGCGUGUGUGGCUAAAUGGUCUGCCGAAAUCUUUUGUUGUUCACGUGAGUAAAGAUUCGAGUAUCGUUUCUAUCAUCCAACGGUUUUCUUCAUGGUUCAAAUUGUUGAAGUUUAUCGCGCUGUGUCUUCGCUGCCAGAGAAGAUUUGUGAUGAGGAGAAAAGUGUCAAAGGAGAAUUGUUUGGAUACUGCUGACGCAUCUGGAGCGAAAUUGGUGACAAACGCAGAGCUGGAAGAAGCCGGAAAAGAGAUUAUCAAGUUCGAGCAGAAUCUCACCUUUGCAGAAGAAUUAGAAGCCGUUAAGGGAGAUAAAUGCGUCAAGGGGUCAAGUGCACUUGCAAGAUUAGAUCCGAUCUUGACCGAUGGCCUUCUUCGUGUUGGCGGGCGCCUUAGCAGGGCUACCCUAUCAGACGACUCUAAGCAUCAGAUUAUCAUUCCUAAAGAUUCUCAUCUAGCUCGUCUGCUUGUGAACCACUUUCACCAGAAAAGCGGCCAUUCUGGUAGAGAAUAUGUCCUGGCUCUGUUGCGCGAACGUUUCUGGUUGAUUCGUGCCAACUCCACUGUUAGAAGUGUGCUUUCAUCCUGCUUUGAUUGCAAACGACGACAAGGUCCCGUUGGAGAACAAAAGAUGGCAAAUCUGCCUCGGCCUCGAGUUACACCAGAUCAACCCCCCUUCACGUGCGUGGGGAUAGAUUAUUUUGGUCCCUUUCUUGUUCGUCAAAAGAGGAGCAUGGUCAAACGUUAUGGUGCAAUCUUCACUUGUUUGGCACUGCGAGCUGUUCAUCUGGAGGUGUGUCACUCACUGGACACUGACUCUUUUAUUCACGCACUCAGACGUUUUAUCGCUCGUAGAGGUCAAGUUAAAGAAAUUCGCUCCGACAAUGGUUCAAAUUUCGUAGGAGGUGAAAGGGAGCUUCGUGUCAUGAUUGACAGCUGGAAUCAAGCUAGAAUUCAUGACGCCCUUCUGCAGAAAAGCAUCAAAUGGGUUUUUAACCCACCCGGAGCCUCGCAUCAUGGUGGUGUCUGGGAGAGGCUAAUUAGAUCUACACGCAAGGUUCUGGGUGCCCUGGUUAAAGAACAAAGUCUCGAUGAUGAGAGUCUUCAGACCUUGUUGUGUGAAUGUGAGAGCUUUAUCAAUGGAAGACCUCUGACCACAGUUUCUGACGAUCCAAAGGAUUUGGAACCACUAUCACCGAACCACCUUCUCCUGCUUCGCAGCGAGACACCUCUUCCUCCAGGCUUGUUUUUAAAGAGCGACACAUACUCCAGGAGAAGAUGGCGGCAAGUACAAUAUUUGGCUGAUGUUUUCUGGGGUCGCUGGAAGAGAGAAUAUCUCCCUCUGCUGCAGUCACGUCAGAAAUGGUUUCGACCAAAGAAAAACUUUGCCGUGGGGGACACUGUUAUCGUGGUUGACGAAACUUUGCCAAGGAAUGCGUGGGCAAUUGGUCGGAUUACAGAGGUUUUUCCUGACAAAUAUGGAUUUGUCCGCCGUGUCAAGGUUAAAACCAAGACAUCAACUUUGGAGCGCCCUAUCAGUAAACUAUGUCUUCUGGAAUCAAUUGAACAAGUGGAAGGAAAAAUUAUUGACUUUCCUUAA